AUGAUCCAUGCUCCCCAAAAAUACCACCACCACCACCACUCCAGCCAUGAACAUUCACCACCAUUACCACCAACAACCACCAACAUCCUCGGAACCUGGUAUAUCACACGCUCCUCCAGUCCCUUCUGGAGCGACAAACGCAACCCCACAAUCACACUAACCGCCGACACCACCACCACCACCACUCCACCAGGCAGUCUACCUUUAAGCGCGCUCUCCCAACCUACUACAACCUCACCCACCCCUAUCCUCACAAACAAGACAUCCUACCAAACGCUAUCCUCUUCCUCAGUAAAGACCACAACCGGAACGGACCGAGCUAUAUCAGGCGGAAAAGAGCAUGGUCCGAUUCAGAUGGAGUGGCGGGGGAGCGGAUGGCUGCGGAUGGUGAGUGCGCAGUGGGAGAUUCUGGGAUGGGGCGGAGCAGACGAUGACGACGAGUGGCUGCUUGUCUUUGCUAAUAAGUCGAUGUUCAUGCCGGCGGGGAUAAGUUUGUAUUCUAGGACGAAAACGGGCGUUGAUGAGAUGGUAUGGGCUGGGAUUGAGGUGGAGUUGGGAGGGCUUGUGGAGAGGUAUCCUGCGGAGGGGGAGUUGAGGGAGCUGGUGAUGGGGAUGGAGGUUGUGAGGUUUGAUUGA